AGGGCAGAGGCUGAAGCUUUGUACCAAAGCAAGUAUGAAGAACUCCAGAGUACUGCUGGAAGGCACAGUGAUGAUCUUCGUAAUGCCAAGCAUGAGAUUUCAGAACUUAACCGACAUGUCCAGAGGCUGAAGGCUGAAAUUGAAGGUGUGAAAAAGCAGUGUGCUAAACUAAAAGGGAAGAUUGCUGAAGCAGAAGACCAAGGUGAACUGGCACUCAAAGACGCAAGGCAGAAAUUGGCUGAACUGGAGGAUGCCCUUCAGAAAACCAAGCAAGAGAUGGCCAGGCAACUCAAGGAAUACCAAGAGCUAAUGAAUGUGAAGCUCUCCCUGGAUAUUGAGAUUGCUACCUACAGAAAACUCCUGGAAGGAGAAGAAUAUCGAUUCCUGAAAAACGAUGCAGCAGGUGCGGUGAAUAUCUCUGUUAUCUCUUCACGUAUUUCACGAGGUUCGGCUGCUGGUAGUGGUCUUGGCUACAGAAGUGGCCUUAGCCAGGGUGGAGGUAGUUUCUUUAUAGUAGGAGGUGGCGGUGGCAGCAACAUUGAAAGUGCGAGCCAUGGAGAUGGCAGCAGCAACAACAAAAGUGCGAACCAUGGAGAUGGCAGCAACAUCGAAAGUGUAGACCAUGGAGAUGGCAGCGGCAACGUCGAAAGCAUGGAUCAUGGAGAUGGCAGCUCCUCUAGCAUGAAUUUAGCCUCUUCUCCUCCAACAAGUCCUAUAAACUAA